UGCGUCACCCCCGAGCAGAUCGAGGAGGCGGUGGAGGCCGUGGUUGGGAAGCACCGAGAGGAGCUGCUGGCUGAGCGCUACCACUUCAACAUGGGGCUGCUGAUGGGGGAGGCACGGAGCCGGCUGCGGUGGGCGGACGGGAAGACCAUCAAGAAUGAGGUGGACCUGCAGGUGCUGCAUUUGCUGGGGCCAAAGACAGAAGCUGACCUGGAAAAGAAACCAAAGGCUGCAAAGGCCCGGCCGGCCCCGGUAGAGAAGCAGAAAGCGNNNNCUAUCCCUGCAGGUGAGGUGGGCACAGAGACACGGUCACUGCUGGAGCAGCUGCGGGGAGAGGCCCUCAAGUUCCACAAGCCAGGAGAGAACUACAAGACGGAGGGCUAUGUGGUGACACCCAACACCAUGGCUCUGCUGAAGCAGCACCUGGCAAUCACGGGUGGGCAGGUGCGGACCCGGUUCCCUCCUGAGCCCAAUGGGAUCCUGCACAUUGGCCACGCCAAGGCCAUCAACUUCAACUUUGGCUACGCCAAGGCCAACGGAGGCGUGUGCUUCCUGCGCUACGACGACACCAACCCCGAGAAGGAGGAGGAGAAAUACUUCACAGCCAUCCGGGAGAUGGUGGAGUGGCUGGGCUACCAGCCCUAUGCAGUGACCCACGCAUCAGAUUACUUUGACCAGCUCUACACCUGGGCCCUGGAGCUCAUCCGCAGGGGCCAGGCGUACGUCUGCCAUCAGAAGGUGGAGGAGAUCAAGGGCCACAACCCACCGCCCUCGCCAUGGCGGGACCGGCCCGUGGAGGAGUCACUCCUGCUCUUCGAGGACAUGCGGAAGGGCAAGUUUGGGGAGGGGGAGGCCACGCUGCGGAUGAAGCUGGUGAUGGAGGACGGGAAGAUGGACCCCGUCGCCUACCGUGUCAAGUUCACUCCGCACCACCGUACCAGGGACAAGUGGUGCAUCUACCCCACAUACGACUACACACACUGCCUGUGCGACUCCAUCGAGCACAUCACGCACUCCCUCUGCACCAAGGAGUUCCAGGCCAGGCGCUCCUCCUACUUCUGGCUGUGCAACGCGCUCGAUGUCUACUGCCCCGUGCAGUGGGAGUACGGGCGCCUGAACCUGCUCUACACCGUCGUCUCCAAGAGGAAGAUCAUCCGGCUGGUGGAGACGGGCGCUGUCAGGGACUGGGAUGACCCGCGGCUCUUCACGCUGACAGCCCUGCGCCGGCGAGGCUUCCCCCCCGAGGCCAUCAACAACUUCUGUGCCCGGCCGCAUCUGCUGGAGGCGUGUGCGCGAGAGGUGCUGAACGAGCAGGCCCCCCGUGCCAUGGCCGUCCUGGAGCCCCUCAAGGUCACCAUCACCAACUUCCCUGCCCCGAAGGCACUCGAGGUCCAGGUGCCCAACUUUCCGGCCGAUGAGAGCCGAGGUUUUCACAAGACACCCUCGCCCAUGCUGGGACCCCUCGUGCAGCCGUGAACUCUCUCGCAGGAGGCGGACAAGGGCUACAAGCGCCUGGCCCCCGGGCAGCCGGUGGGGCCCUACGUCAUCGCCGUCCAGAACAUCAUCAAGGAUGCCAGUGGGCGCGUCAUCGAGCUGGAGGUGACCUGCACCAAGUCAGACGUGGCAGAGAAGCCCAAAGCUUUCAUCCACUGGGUGUCGGAGCCGCUGGCGUGUGAAGUCCGGCUCUACGAGCGGCUGUUUUUGCACAAAAACCCCGAGGACCCAUCGGAGGUGCCCGGUGGCUUUCUGAGUGACCUCAACCCU